UGCGCAAUGAGUAAAGAAGAAGAAUUGUAUCAGCUGGUUGUCAAAUUGGAGUGGAUUUUUUUUGGUUAGAAUGCAGCGUUUGUGCAAUAGUUCAGGAAUAUUUCUUCAAUAACGAAAAUAUGGAGUUUCUAGCCAAAGGAUUGUUUUCGGUGGUGCGUCAACCUGUCCUUGUCAAUAGCUUAACACACACAUUUCGUUCGCUGAGCAUCACAUCGCGCUUUGCGCAACAACAAAAACCUUCGCUAGUAAAUGCCGCGGCAGUAGAAAACAGAAGCGAUAAAACUUCACAAAUUGAACAAAAAGAAUGCCAAGAAGUCUUCAAUAAAGUUAAUUCACAAGUAGCAGCUCGAAAGGAGGGACGUCUAUUUGCGAUUGUGCAUUUGUGUGGUAAACAAUUUAAGAUUACUACUGGAGACAUAAUUCUGGUGGAAGGCUAUUGGCCACCAACAACUGGCGAUGAAAUUCGUCUAGAGAAAGUACUGUUAGCGGGAGCAAAAGAUUUUACAUUGAUAGGUCGGCCUUUGCUACCUCAGGGUUUGGUUAACGUGAGCGCUACAAUUAUUGAGAAAACUUUGACACACACGAAAACCCAUUUCAAAAAGAAGCGCAGGAAACAGUAUAUGCGUAUCAAUUUCCAGCGCUCUCCAAAUACAAUGAUACGAAUAAAUUCGAUUGAAAUUGAACAAAAUGUAGAUGGUUCAGCAGAAGUUAUCAGCGAGCCGCGUUUGUUUUAGCUGAAAAAAGUUAUGCAUAUAGUAAAUGUCAAUAAAGUUGUUGCAAACUAUUUUAAAUUAGUUUUCAA